GGCUUCUGUAAUAAUUUUUUUUUUUUUUUUUUAUUUAUGCUUGUCUAUAACAAACGUGCUUGCUGAGUUACCACACUUGGUGUUGAACCAGCAGAUAGACUGCAGCUCUGAUUUAUAAUUUACUCUAUUUUUUAUUUUUUUAUUUUAUCAUUUAAAAAUUUAUGUGUUCAAUAAGUGCAACAAUGAAUUCUCGUCGAUUAAUUUGUAUUUAAAAAAAAGUGAGUAGUUUUUUUUGUUGUGUAAUUAAAAUGGUGCAAAAAAAAAAAAGAGAUAUAAACGUUGAUAAAUAAUAGCAACCUCAGAAGUUACGAAGCCCACAAAAUGACAUGUUACGAUCAAGUGAAAAAUUGUUCUAAAUCAAGUGGCCUAAUUGUAUAAAUAAUAUUUUUUUGCAAAAUAAAAAAUUAAAAUAAUUUCUAAUAAUAACUUUGGUCUUUUGAUCGUGUAAGCAUUUUUGACUUUGAUAUGUGUCUGGAUAUAUAAAUUCACACGUGGGUGUUUCGAUUAUGUAUUGAUCUCUUUCAUAUUAAAUCCAAUGGAUGAAUUUAAAUAUUUUUUAAAAAAUUAUAUAUUUUUCUUCUUGGCACUUGUUCAAAAAUAAUUUCAUUUUAACACAAUAAAAUAUGCCAAAAAAAAUAUAUAUUCAACUAUUUUUAUUUCAAAACAAAAGUAUAUAAAACAUCACAAUAUAUAAUAACUGCAAUUUUUUCUAAACCAGAUAAAUUUAAACUGUUAUUUAUAGAACACUUGAAAAAUGAAAAAAAAAUAAUUUUAUAAAUUAAUAAAUUAAAAAUAAUAUUGAAUAAGGGUUUUGAAGUCUAGAAAGUGAAGUAAUGCAUAAUGUACCUGAUAGUUCUUGCACAUGGAUUUCAAGUGAUCCUUGAGAUAAAUACAAAAAUAAUUUAAAAUAAAAUAAGUUUUCAAGAUAUUUAGUGGUGCUUGUGAUAUGAUCAUCAGAAACAUCAGAGAUGCAAGCGUGGAGGUGUCUUUCAAUUGCGCUUAUUGCGUUAAUGACACUUGAAAAUGUAACAACAAUAACAAAUAAUAAAAAUAAUAAAAGAAUAACAAAUAUAUUAAAAGCUGUUAAAUUACCAGGUGGUUAUAUGGAAAUAAUACAAGAAGAUUAUUGUUCGGAUAUUAAAAUAAUUCGAUUAACUUGUCGUUCAUUAAGAGCAUUUAUUUUUGUUCUUGAAGCUGAAUAUCAACGUGAAAAAACAAUAACAUGUGGAAGCAAUUACAAUAAUACUAGUGAAUUAAUAAAUAAUAAAAAUAGUGUUAAAAUUAGUGAUAGUGAUAAAAAUAAUAAAAAAAUUGAUAAUUCAAAAAGAUCAAUAUUAUUUCGUGAUUAUCAUCCAAAACCAAUAACAAUGGUACAAAUUAAACUUCGUGGUAAUUAUUUUAGAGAUGAAAAAGAUGAAAAUAAUUUAAUUAUUGAUAUGAGAAAUUCAUUUAAUCGAAAGUGUUCAGGACAUCAUCAUUGUCGUUUUAAUAUGCCAGAUAAUCAUCCAGGAUCAUCAAAAUGGCAACCAGCAAAUUUGCAUUUAAAAUAUGCUUGUAUACCGGAAGCAGCUGUUAGACGUUAUUGCAAUGUUGAAGUGACAAUUAAUGAGGGUGAAACUGGAUAUAUUAAAUCACCAGGAUAUCCACUAUAUUAUCAGGGUGAACAUACUUGUGGUUGGAUCUUCAAAACAAUACCUGGUCGACGUAUAUCACUUGUCUUUCAUGAUCUUAAUAUUCGCAGCCCUGAGUCAAAUGGUAAUUGUGUUGAUUUUAUAAGAAUUGAAGAAAAUGAUAAAAUAAUAUUUGAAUCAUGUGGUACGAAAAUUGGAACAACAAUUAUUUCAAAAACAAAUAAAAUAAUUCUUCAUUUUAUAACUUCAUCAAAACUUUAUCCAGCACGUGGAUUUUUUCUUAAAUACGAAGCAAUUGGGUGUCCUGAUAUCAUACCACCAAACGGAAGUUUUAUCUCAAAUGACACACACAAUACGAGAACAUUUCAAUGUCACUCUGGAAAUAUAUUUUCAGACACAGGAAAACAAUCAAAAACUCUAGAUUGUCAAGGAAAAAAUUGGAAUAAAACAAUUAAUUUACUUCCAGCUUGUAUUAAUGCAACAACAUCCACCAUUUUAAAAACAGAAACUGAUAAUAAUCGGUUGACUGAUCUAUCAAGUGACAAUAUACUUGGUGCUGGUGUAAGAUUUGAUCGUGCUGAAAACAAAUAUAUCAAUAUGGAUGAUUCAGAUGUGUUUAUACCAUGUACUAUCAUUGGAAUGAUAAUAUUUUGCAAUUUCUUUAUUGUUUAUUUUAUCUUUCAACAUAGAAAAAGACUGGGCAGCUACGAUGAAACAAAAGAAGCAGUUGCUUUCAAUAAAAAAACUGCAGUAGUAACAGGAGCUGGACCAAGUCUUGUUUAAUUAAAAAUCAAAUUUUAAACAAUAAAAUUCAAAUGAAAACUAACAUAAUCAUAUUAUUCAACAAAACAACGACGAAGAUCUCUUCCAAACUUUAUGGAUUUAUUUAAAACAAAAGUUAAAAUGUUCUUUUAUAUUAUUAUUAUUAAUUUGUUUUUAUAGCCUUGAAUUACCUCAAUAAUAUCAAUAUACAAAUGCUGAAUAUACUCAGUGCCAUUU